GGUAUUAUCGUCAUUUACGAAGUUUCCAGAUCCUGUUGAGUGGAAAAAGCCUUUUACCUUGUUCGAGGUCUCGCUUAUGGUCUCGUCUCUCUCACUCUCUCACUCUCUCUCACUUCAAAAUUUUAUUUAUUUAUUUAUUUUCUCUGAAAAUUGCAUCCAUGGAUGUUGCCUUCUACUACUACUGAGAAGUAAAGCUUAGGGCUUUUGGUUUUUCACCAUCUCCAGAGGACUUCAUUUACAGAGAACUACCGAGCUUUGUCUUGUAUUUUAUUAUUAGGAUCCCUUGGCAUAAAUAUCUAGUUAGGAAUCCAGCUCUCUUCUUUUUGACAAUCUCCCUUUGCCUAUAUUUCCCUUCCUUUCAGCAUUGUCGAAUUUAAUUUUGUUGUCACAUUGAAUAAAUGGACACAUUUCCACAACCAGCAGCACCGCCACCGCCACCAUCACAAUCACUGCUCACUGGCACUGCUGCUACAGGCAUUGCUGCUCCCAUCAUCACUGGCCAUUCAGCUCCCAUCCCUUUCACUGCCCCCGGUUUUACAGUUAACAGUACUGUGAAUACCAUUCCUUUCAGUGGUUAUGCAGAAGCUCAAAGUACCUUAAAUCACUCUGUUGCUAAUCCCUCUCCAAACCCUGGUGUCGUUCCUGGACAUGGUUUAUCUGCGGUCCCAAGUCAUCCUCCAUAUGCUGAGAUGAUAUUUGCAGCAAUCGGGGCACUAAAAGAGAAAAAUGGGUCUAGCAAAAAGGCCAUAGCCAAGUACAUUGAGCAAGCAUAUACUGGUCUGCCACCUACUCACCCGUCCCUAUUGGCAAAUCAUCUCAAGCGUUUGAAAAACAGUGGUCUUCUUGCUAUGAUCAAGAAGUCUUAUAUUCUCCCCACCGAUUCUUCAGUUGCUGCUGCAACUGCUGCUGCAACAGCUUCACCUCUUCCUAGCCCUGGAUCUCAUAGAGGCCGAGGACGUCCUCCCAAGGCCAAGCCUGAUCCCAAUGCCCUGCCUGCCGUGCAGCCUAAUACACAACCUAUUACCCAGCCCGCUGUUCAAUUCAAUGGCCACACUGACCAGCCGGCUGCUCAGUCCAGUUCUCAGCCAGUGCUGGUUGCUCUUGGGCUCGUUGACGAUCCCAAUCCUUCGUCAGUCAAGAAAAGGCCUGGACGUCCAAAAAAGGGCAUUUCAGCUGGGGUUGUAGCACAAGGUAGUCCUGUAGGACAAGGUACUCCUGGAUCCCUGAAAAGGGGACGGGGUCGUCCACCAGGUUCUAAAGGUAAAAUGUCUGGGCCUAGAUUGUCUAAGAAGAGCCCAGGGCGUCCUCCAAAGCCUAAAUCUGUUUCGGCAGUCCAAGGACCAAAGAGGGGGCCUGGACGUCCAUCAAAAGCAGAGCCUAAGACAAUGAUCAUUCCAUAUGCUAGUAAUGAGCCUAUUGUUAAUGAAGUUGAUCAUAACAAUACUCCUACUGUAUUAUCUGUACCUCCUAGAUCCAGGGGGCGACCAAAGAGGUUUGCAGAUGCUGCUGGUAGCCCUGCUAGUUUUAGAAGCUUGUCAGGUAGGCGUCGUGGCCGACCAUCUAAGGUUGCUGGCAUCAGUAAAUUGAACAAUUCUUCUGGCAGGCCUGUGGGCCGGCCAAAAAAGAGCACAAUUGUGGCAACUGAAUUGCUGGUGGCUGCAAAUGCGGAUCUGAAGCGAAAAUUUGAAUUUGUUCAAACAAAAAUCAAGCAAACUGUUGGCAUGCUAAAGCCUAACUUAUCUCAUGAAAGUCCUGCUACUUUAAUUGCGGCAGUACAAGAACUAGAAGAGCUCGCUGUGCUAGAUGUCAAUGCUCCCUUAAGAGAAGAAGUUCAACAGCCUCUGUGAGAAACCUAAGAUUCUCGUUGUGAAGAUCGAAAGAACAUUUGCAGGCGCACCAAAGUGAAGGAAUCUGUAAAGCAAAUAGGAGGGUAGCAAAACUAACCGUCUCUUUCGGUGAUGACUUUUGCACAUUAUGUCUGUUGUCUGUACAAUUAGAAUUUGUUAUUAGUGACUUGCUUUCUCUUUCUCUAUCUGUCUCUUUUCAUCUUUGAUUGUUAUUUUUAUCUAGUUUUAGAACGUAUUUGAUAAGAUGUCUGAACUACAUGAUCACAAGCUAAUAAUGUCAUGUUUGUGAAAUGUUGUUAAGCUUGGCUAAAAUCUCUGCUCUUGCGUUUUAUGGCAAGAGGUUAAAUUA